AUGUCCGACAAACGCAGAGCAGAAAUCGAGGCCAAGCGCGCAAAGCUCGAGGCACUGCGCAAAGCCAGGGCCGACCGCCAGAAGGCAGACGCAGAGCGUCGCGCGUCCGAGACCGCAGGCCCCUCCACCGCCCGCCGCGACGUGGACGACCUCGUCACCUCGCUCCUCGGCACGAACAUCGGGCGCAGCGCGGACAGCGCGAACGACUCGCCCGCGUCGUCCAUGCCGGGCACGCCUGCGCUCGGGCAGACCUCGAGCCCCGCCAUCGCGGGCCCGUCCGCGCUCUCGCUCUCGCUCUCCGGGCGCAUGAGCCGCCAGAGCGACGGCGCAGAACGGGAGGCGCUAGAGGCCGAGCAGGCAGCGCGAGAGAAGCAGCUCGAAGAGGAGAGCGUGCUGCUCGACAAGGAGAUUGAGCAGGUAAUCCGAGAGAUGACGGAGGAAGAGAAGAUGAGCAUCUUCACGGCGCCCGAAUUUCUUGACUUUGUGGAGCAUUCAACGAAGAUCAUCCAACGAGCACUUAACGACAAUUAUGACUAUGUGCGGGAUUAUACCAUUGGUACGGAAAGCGGAGGUGAGGACACGGAAGGACGGAGGGUAAAAUGUGUCUGUGCAUUUUACGACGAGCGAUAUGGGAAGAACAGAUCCAUCACAGAUAUAAGCUGGUCACCGAAGGCUUGUCCGAUAUCCCCUCUCCGUUACCCAGAGCUCUGCUGCGCAUCGUACAACAAGAACCCGGCAGCACUAAACGAGCCCGACGGCAUUGUUGCGGUGUGGAACCUCCACUUGCUUGAACGACCAGAGUUUGUGUUCCAUUCACAGUCGGAUGUCCUCUCGGUGACGUUCUCGCCGUUCCACUCGAAUUUGAUAUUCGGCGGGACGUACUCUGGGCAGAUCCUCCUGUGGGACACGCGGUCAAAGCACCUGCCCGUGCUCAAGACGCCGCUGUCCGCGGCGGGGCACACGCACCCGGUGUAUGCCAUGCAGAUGGUAGGCACGCAGAACGCACACAACCUGAUCACGAGCAGCACGGACGGCAUGGUGUGCAGCUGGCUCGUGGACAUGCUCGCGCAACCGCAGGAAACGCUCGACCUGGUGCACGCGGGGCACAACAAGACGGGGGAGGUGGCGAUCACGUGCCUGGACUUCCCGGCGAACGAGACGACGACGUUCUGGGUGGGGACGGAGGAGGGGAACGUGUACCAGGCGAACCGGUACGACCGCGCGGGGGCGAAGGCGGGGCUGAACCAGUACGACGUGUACCGGGGGCACGCGGGGCCGGUGACGGGGCUGGACUUCCACCCGCAGCUGGGCCCGGUGGACUUUGGGGACCUGUUCCUGACGUGCAGCGUGGACUGGACGGUGAAGCUGUGGCGGGCCAAGUCGCUCGCGAAGCCGAGCACGGCGCCGGCGGUGGUGGGGCCGCUGCACUCGUUCGACGAGGCGGACGACUAUGUGUACGACGUCAAGUGGCACCCGGCGCACCCGGCGCUGUUCGGGGCGGUGGACGGCUCGGGGCGGUUCGAUAUAUGGAACCUGAACAUUGAUACUGAGGUGUCGACGGUGACGACGGCGGUGGGGGCGGGGCGGGCGCUGAACAAGCUGCAGUGGGACCGCAAGGACGGGCGGCGGGCGGCGCUGGGGGGGAGCGACGGGAAGGUGUACAUCUACGACAUUGGGGACAUGGCGCUGCCGCGGGAGUCGGAGUGGACAGACCUGCAGCGGACGAUCGCGGGGGUGGGCGGGGGCGGGGGGCAGGGCGGGGCGUUGGGCUAGUAGCGAGUGUGGGGAACACCCUGCGCGCAGAGAGCUUCUCGUGUGCCAUCUGCGAUUGUAUUGG